AUGGACAUGCAUGUUAUGGGGCUAAGUCUCCGCCCCGUGUUCUGGGUGUCUUUGAAGUUUAGUUUUUUGUCUUUAUCUGUUGGUAAUGCAUGCCCUGCGUAUUUCGAUGUCGCUGAGAUUCGUUACUUCUUAUCACCCGAGACGGAUCUGGAUGCCCGGGAAUUGGUCCAAGUGUUGCUCAGAAAUGCAACCCUUCGGGGCUCCUCCGUCCGUGCGAGAUGGCACACACUGGCAUGUGUACUACGUGGGGAGUACAUGGAUGACGGUUUUGGUUCAGCACGCGGAGUAGCUUCCACUCAGCAGAAACCAAGUGUCUUGGAAACAUCAAACCGCAAGCAAGCUAACCCCCUGGUAAAGUAUCAUAAUCACAUGAAGUUCGCUCAGCCUAGUUUGUGCAUGGCGGCCGUGAAGAUUUACAUUGAAGCAGAUAGUCCGUAG